GCAGUCGGUUCUUUGUACCGGAAAUGUGGAGGGAGGUGAUAUUGUAGCGAACCGGGGCACAUGUUGAGUUAACGGAGCCUUCCGCCUCUUUCCUCUCCUCCUCUAGCCUCCAUUCCCUUCUCCUCUUUUCCUCUGUCGUUUCCUUCCUACCCUCCCAUAGUGUUUCUCUCUCUCUCUCUCUCUCUCUCCCUCCCGUUAGCUGGUAGACUCAGACUUGUAACUGCUCUGCUUCCACAACGCGCCCCUAUCUCUCUAUCUCUCUCUUAUCCCUUCAACUAUGGACUUGAGUAAAAUGGCUGUGAGCAUCAACAAGGCGAUUAACACACAGGAGGUCGCCGUCAAAGAAAAGCAUGCCAGAACCUGCAUCCUGGGCACCCAUCACGAGAAGGGUGCUCAAACUUUCUGGGCUGCCAUCAACCGCCUUCCCAUCUCCAGCAACGCAGUGCUCUGCUGGAAAUUCUGCCACGUCUUCCACAAACUUCUAAGAGAUGGCCACCCAAAUGUCAUUAAAGACUCGGUGCGGAACAAGGGAGACCUAAAUGACAUGAGCCGGAUGUGGAGCCACCUGAGUGAAGGUUAUGGGAAGCUUUGUAGCAUCUACCUCAAACUACUCAUCACCAAAAUGGAGUUUCACAUCAAAAAUCCUCGUUUCCCUGGCAACCUUCAGAUGUCAAACAGGCAGCUCGAAGAGGCAGGCGAAAACGACGUCAAUAACUUCUUCCAGUUGACGGUGGAGAUGUUUGACUACCUGGAGUGUGAGCUGAAUCUGUUCCUUGCUGUGUUCAGCUCGUUGGAUAUGUCGCGGUCAGUGUCGGUGACGGCGGCGGGUCAGUGUCGCCUCGCUCCUCUGAUCCAAGUCAUUCUGGAUAGCAGUCAUCUGUACGACUACACAGUCAAGCUACUCUUCAAGCUCCAUUCUUGUCUUCCAGCAGAGACACUGCAGGGGCACAGAGAUCGCUUCCAUGAGCAGUUUAAAAAGCUGAAGAGUCUGUUCUACCGUUCCAGUAACCUGCAGUAUUUUAAAAGACUGAUUCAGAUUCCACAGCUUCCUGAGAAUCCACCAAACUUCCUGCGUGCUUCAGCUCUGUCUGAGCACAUCAGUCCGGUGGUGGUGAUCCCAGCUGAGGCCUCGUCCCCUGAGAGCGAGCACAUGGUGGAGACAGAUGAACUCGUGGACACGGAUAUUCCAUCCCUGCCGAGUGAAGUGGAGAGCAGGUUUGAUGACCUCUUUGGCACCUCAGCUACCACCGAUCCCUUCAACUUUAACAGUCAGAAUGGCAUGCGCAAGGACGAUAAAGACAGAAUCAUCGAGCAGUUGACUGCAGAGCUCCAAGCCCUGAAAGAAGAGUUGGAGUCAUUCAGACUUGAGAGUGGCUGUCUGUGCCAGGCCCUGCGGGGGCGUGUGAAUGAACUAGAGGCGGAGUUAGCCGAGCAGAGCCACCUCAGGCAGCAGGCGCUGAGCGAGAGCGAGUUCCUCAGGGCAGAGCUGGACGACCUACGCAGGGUCAAAGAGGACACGGAGAAGGAGCAGCGGAGCUUGACUGAGUUCGAAAGAAAAGCCCAGGCGAAUGAGCAGCGCUACACAAAGUUAAAGGAGAAGUACACUGAGCUGGUUCAGAACCAUGCUGACCUCCUGAGGAAGAAUGCAGAAGUGACUCGGCAAAUGACGGUCGUUCGGGCAGCCCAGGGUGAGGUGGAGACUGUGAGGAGGGAAAUGGAGGAGCGACUGAAGGCAGCUCAGGAGGCAGUCGUCCAAAAGGAGAAAACCCAAGCAGAGCAGCUCCAAGUGCUCCAGGCUGACCUAGUUACCAGCAGAACAGAGCUAGAAACCCUCAAAGCCAGCAUGGCGUCCUCCCAGAAGUCAAGUGAGGAGCUCACGCUGCAGCUGGCUGCUCUGGAGACUGAGAAGGCAGGGCUUGUGGAGACUGUGUCACAGAAGGACACGGAGUUGGCAGGCCUGGGGGCAGAAUUGGAGCGAGUGCAGAGCAGUCUGACGAGCGAAAGGGAGAGUGGCGUAAAGGCUGCUGAAGCUCUACAGAAUCAGCUCAAUGAGAAGGAGAGUCGUGAACAAGCACUGGAGAGUGAGAUUGUUUCUGUACGUUGGGCGGCUCUGAGGGCAGCAGUGGAGGAGGCAGAGAGGGUUGUCCAGGACAGUCUGGCCCUGCUGGAUGACCCCGCACACUUGAGCUGCAGCAGCUCCGCUGAUUAUCUUGUGUUGAGGUGCCAGACUGCCUUAGAGUGUGUGGACAGACUACAGUCCGCCAAAGACAGCUUUGCAUCUGACCGCACAGAUGUGUCCGAGCUUGUGCGGGCCGUGGCUCAGCUGGCUCACCUGGUCGGUGAUACCAUUGCACAAGGCAGUGCCACUGCCCACAUGGUGUCAGUGGAACAAGCAGACGCUUUAACAUCCUGCGUGAAGACAUGUGGAACCGAAGCUCUGACUCUGAUCGCUCAGCUGAAGGAGCAGGACACGCUGGCUACAGCAGGCAGCAGUGGACUCAGAGCAGCUCUGGGCAGUGUGCUGGACACGGCACAGAAGUUGCGGCCGCGGGGUUUGGAGCUGCAGCAGGGAGAGCUGGGAGAUCUGGUGGAGCAGGAGAUGGCGGCCACCUCGGCAGCCGUGGAGUCAGCUGUCUCCAGGAUAGAGGAAAUGCUGAACAAGUCCCGAGCAGUCGACUCCGGUGUCAAAAUGGAAGUGAAUGAAAGGAUUCUGGCCUCCUGCACAGACCUCAUGCAGGCUAUUAAAGUGCUGGUGCUGGCCUCUAAAGACCUGCAGCGCGAUAUUGUGGAAGGAGGCAGAGGUGCAGCAACAAUAAAGGAGUUCUAUGCUAAGAACUCGCGCUGGACCGAAGGCCUGAUCUCAGCGUCCAAGGCUGUGGGCUGGGGAGCCACUGUGAUGGUUGAUGCAGCUGAUCUGGUGGUGCAAGGCAAAGGGAAGUUUGAAGAGCUGAUGGUGUGCUCACAUGAGAUAGCAGCUAGUACAGCUCAGCUUGUAGCUGCUUCUAAGGUGAAGGCAGACAAGGAUAGUCCCAACCUCGCUCGUUUGCAGCAGGCAUCUAAAGGAGUCACUCAGGCAACUGCACGCGUUGUGGCUUCAACCAAGUCUGGGAAAUCCCAGAUUGAGGAAACUGACACGAUGGAUUUCAGCAGUAUGACACUUACACAGAUCAAGAGGAAAGAGAUGGACUCCCAGGUGCGUGUGUUGGAGUUGGAAACACAGCUUCAGAAAGAGCGCGAGCGUCUCGGUGAGCUGAGGAAGAAGCACUAUGAGUUGGCUGGUGUGGCGGAAGGGUGGGGCGAGGAACAGGAGGGAACAGGAUGAGGCGUGCCCCCCAAUGCAGUAGCCCCGACUGGGCUUGUGCCUGCUCUCUGGCACUCGCUUGUUCCUCAGCGUCCCUCCCCCUUCGCUCUUCUUCACUCUAUUCAGACCUUUUAUCUUUUAAUACUGAAUGAAAAGCCAAAUAAAAAAGGUGCUUUGACUUUACCCCCCUCCUGCUCCUCCGUCUCCUCCUCCUCCCCAUGGAGUAAGGACACUUACAGUAGGUGCAAACGAGGAAACAAUGUCACCUUAAGAGGAGGAUGAAGCCUUAGCAGCAGCAGGAAUGUAUUUGGAGCACCACCCAGUGGGCAGAGGGAAAUAUUGCACCAUUACUGGCCGGUCAGCUUUUUUUUUUUUUUUUUUUUUAAGAUUCAUUCCCUGUCCACUACCUCCUUUUAAUUUAAUUUUUUCAGUCACAAUUCCAAGAUGACGUGCGUCACGCAGGACGAGCAGGAAUUAUUGACACUGUGCCGCGAGCUUCCGGAUCGGCCGCUUCCCAGGCAGCAGCAGUAGUGUGUGACUUCCACCACCUCUUCCAGAAACUCAUUCCUCAUGCUGUGAGGACGGACACACAUACUCACACACACACACACACACACACACACACACACACAACAAGCUGCUGAGCCAUCUCUGAAUUUUCCCUUGCCAACCCUUUCCUAGAGUGGCCUUGCUCUGGGCUCUGAGCUCUGAUAGAGUGAGUGUCCGGCCCACAAGUGAGGCUUCCCUCCGCACUAACACUAACGACUGUCUGAAAACCGAACUAAACUCAGCUUCUCCUUGUCUUGCUUCCUCGAAAUGUAUGUGUUUUUAAUAUUUUUUUUUAUUAUUAUGAGUUUUUUUUUAUUCCUCCUGAACAGUAGUUUUUUCUCAGAAGUAGCCUGAUUGGGCUUUUAAAAUGUUUAGUCCACAGAUCACAUUUUGCUUAUGGGGGAUGAGAUGAACUCCUUUGUCCAACUGUGUAUAAGUGAUCUGAGAGCUGUGACAUCAGCCACACAAAUUUCAUGUCCAUGGCUGCAAACGAAUUGACUGUUUUCAUGACGUUCUGCUGCAAAACGAGGCUGUUUGACAGGGCUACCUAGGACUCUUAUCCAUAACUUCAGUCUCCUCAAGUGACUGUUUUCCUCGGGUGCCCUUAGACAACAUUAGUAGCGCCGCUGGUAGCCUCUUUUUUUUUUUUUUUUACUUACGUGUCAACAUACCACCGGUCUGUAUGUUGACUUCCACUUCCUUUUCCGCCUCCACACACAGGAGCAUUAGCACAUGCGGGGAGAGACCUCUGUGCCUUCCAAAAGGUCAAAGCUCACAUUCCCUCAAUAAACCUUUAACGGCUGUAGCCUUUGACAAACGGUAGCCUGGUUUUGGUGAUGUCUUACGGAAAUACUCUACGGCGUGACGAUGUCGGACAACUUCUUGUCGGAGCUUCCAGCACAGUUUCCUCCACAUGGAGGACGCUCAUAAAGAAAAAGGACACGGUGAACGUUGAAAAAGGAGGCUAAUGGUAAAAUAUAAAGAUGUGCUAGCCCCCUCUCGCUAAAGCAAUCUAGACCAGAUAGCCUUGUAGACCACCACUGUUUUAUGAGCACAGCCUACAAUUAGGCCCAAAACGAACCUGGCUUCAAUAUUUAAGUUUCAUGUGUUUGUCUGUGAUUACCUCAUCUCCCUCAUGGAGUGACGCAGGUGCUGAGAUGUGUGCAUGUAACAGAAAGCUAUUGUGCUAAUACACCAUCGUCUGACUGACUGACUGUGUGUAUAUGCGUGUAAGAAUGUGUUUGCUUCAGAAAGCCCCAAAAUGUGUUUCUAUCGUAUGUCUUUAACACCUUCACCAUGUCUUGUUGCACUGCUUUUGCUGUUUUUGGAAAGUUGGAACACUGGGUAUUUAAUUGAACGAGUUUAUUGUCACCGCCGCUAUUGUCUUCACGUCUCACCCUCUAGUCUUACCAGCCUUCCAACUGCCUCUCACUUUAGCCAGUCAGACAGUAUAGGAAUCCUUAGUAACAAUUUUUUGGACAGUAUCUUUGUAUGAUGUACUAAAACUUGAGUGUGUUUUUCUUUUCUUUUUUUUUUUUCUUUCAAUAAAUAUAGUAAUGUGUUAAAGUGAUCAGUCGUUUGGCCUUCAUCCUCUUUGCCUAUUUUUUAAGUUCUUCUUGUUUUAUUCCCCUGAUCUGUCCUUGCGUUUUUGAAGUCUGGUAUUCCUGUAAAUUAAUUAUAUCCGAGUGACUAUCAUUUUGCUGUCUGUGUUCAGUCUCUGUGCAUGUCAAUGCCCGUUUCCUCUCGUCU